AUGGGAUCGAAGGUCAAGAAGGAUUACUGGGGUGGCACACCUCUACAUGAUGCAGCAGAGAAUGGGGAGAUAGAGUGCUGUCGAAUCCUGAUGGGUCACCAGAUCAACCCAAAGGAAAGAGAUGUAGAUGGGUUCACGGCUGCUGAUCUGGCUGAAUACAACGGCCACUUUGAGUGUGCCAGAUACCUUCGCUCUGUGGAGAGAAAUCUCUGUCCAGCUGCCCAACCUCUGGAAGAGAACUGUCCUAUAGAGGAAGAGCUCAGAGAGAAAUCGGCUGUGUCACGGCAACCCAGCUCCGAUUAUUACAGACAGAUCACUACACACAAAGCCAUGGACAGUCUUAAGCAUCCUGAGACAGAAGAUUCCCCUCAAGCCCGUUACCGCCCUUCAACACUUUCACCAUCUCCUCCCCCUUCCACCACUACCCCCUCGCCUCCAUCUUCUACCUCACAUGGGAACGCUUUCCAGAAUGUCCACAUGGCCACUUCGGUGGUGAAGAACCUUAGUUCCAGUACGCCUCCGAGUAAGCCAGUACCAGAGAAAGGGAAACUGUUUAUGGGAGAAAUGAAACUGGGAGAUGUAAAAUCCAUUGCCAGCCUUAAGAAAUCUGGAUUGACAGCAGAUUUGACCGUUUCAAAUAAAAUGGUGGUGUUACCGACAGAGGAGGCUAAUUUGUCUGACAUUGAUUACCUGGUACCCAUGCACGAUGAGAAGGGCAGACCUAUAGCAGAAUGGAAGAGACAAGUGAUGGUACGACAGCUACAGGCCAGCUUAUUUGACCAAGAAACCCAGAGGUUAAAGGAGAGUGGUACUAGAUAUACAAAGAUGGACAGUUGGAGGUACUCCCAGGCUCACAAUGCCAUCCUGGGUCCAUUCGGAGAGCUUCUAACAGAGGAUGACCUCAUUUAUCUAGAGAAGCAAAUUGUGAGUGUCUCGAUGCAAAAGAACUGCGAGGGUUACGAAAUGGAGCUUGCUCGUCUGGCUGAAGAACUUCGAAACAUUCUUCCGGCACCCAUCGUCAACAUCACAGUCAACACCCAGUACAAGAACUCUACACAGACUCCCUUACCCGUUUGGUGCAACCGUAUUUCAGGCAUUGUGAAGAGUAUGUCAUUGCUUAUGACCAACCUAACAGACCAGCCCUACUGCAAAAUGCCAAACACAGAGCUUGUGAAUGUAUUCUCUCAGCCAUCAGAGAGGAAAGCCUUCAAAAGAGGCAGGAGGGAGAAGAUAGAAAAUGAGAUUCAACAGUUUGGGGUCUCUGUGAGGAACUUAAAGUCCAACUUUGAGAAUCAGAACGAUUCCUCACAAAAUGAUUCAGGGAUGACAGAAUCAUUGGGUGAACAAGAGCAAGAACCAGUAAAAAAUGGUUCAGAUGAGGUCUCUCAAAAACAAGAACAAAGACCAGAGCUUGACCAGAUUGAUGAUUCAUCUAUCGACUAUGUCAUCAGUGAUGCCAUGGAAAGUACAACCCUGCGCAAGGAACGUAUUGUGGUCUUGUUCCUGGGUCACUGGAAGAAGUCGGCUUAUACGGUGACCUUGAGAAAUGCUCAGAGAAAGCAAAGCAUUGAUUCGCUGGAUAUAUCCAAGAAGCCCAAGUGUGAACGCAAAGCUAGCUUGGAUAUCUCUCCAAAGAACGCCAUGGAAAAUGGCAAAUUGGGGCACUUCUUCAAGCAGAGAAGUGCCAUCAAUAAGAUGAUUGGGAACUGGAGAAGCAUGAUCUCAUUUGUACCGUCGCGACAAAUCCGAAGACUCAACCGGCAGCAGGCAAUUUACUCACCUGAGCAGUUCCUGCCCCGUGUGGAUGGAUCUCCUGUCGACUACGACACGCUGACACUCGACCUCUUCAUGCUUGGCUACUUUCACAUACUUGAGCUAGAUUUGCCAGCAGAUGAGAGGAAAAUGAGACACUUGCUGUGCUUUGAAGUGUUCGACCAUGUGGGGCGUUUCACCUGGGAGACUGUGCGUGAUUUUCACAAAGCUGUAAUUCAGGACAUUGAGGCGGGGAACCGGGAAUGGAAGGAUGGAUUUGAGGACAUUAAAGUAAAGUUCUUCAGAGAUGGAUCAGGCCAACCAGAGCUUGAACGCUCAGAAAAGACGACAAUGGUAGAAACGAGGCCUGUGCCUAAAGUCAUUAUACAGACGCCUACCCCAGAUGAGAGCGAUGUCCUGAAAAAUAAUGCAGAUAUUAGUAGUCUGACUAAUGAGGAGAUUUGCAAAUAUAUUGACCGUAGUUUUGCUUUCUGGAAAGAACAGGAGGCUGAGAUAUUUGAUUUUGAGGAAUGACAAUAAGCCUUUAU